AUGUUCAUAGACAUCGAGGCAGGCAUUACCGAUGACAAGGAGGAAUACGUACGAGGUGAGACGGAAGAUGAGGAUGAACAUGAACGAGAAGAAGAUAUCUAUGACAACGUGCAGUCUUAUAUCGCAGUUACGCAACACUCGCGCCUCAUGCAAUCCAUAGGCGAUGCUGGAGAAGACGCCUGGGAAGAACUGCUAGGGAGAGCCAGGGAACGCGGGCGAAGUUCGUCAGUGACAGAGAGACUCCGAAGCAACGAAGAGGUCAGGCUUGAGGGGAACGACAGAAUAUUUGAGAUUGGCUGUCUAGUCGGCCAUGAAGAAAGCACUGUGUUCAAGGUUUUGUCCCUAGCAACGCACCCUACCCUCCCUCAGAUUCUUGCUCGUUCAAUAACUGCACAAAGCACUAUUCCUGGCCGCAUCUACGCCGAGGUCGACAGCAUGGAUCAAGCCCAUGUGCUUGCCCUCCAAAUUUCAGAACUUGACCCCAGUAAUAUCCGCCCUGUCUCAAUGGACGAACAAACCAAAAUGCUGACUUGGGCUAGCCCCUACAGGCCUGAGGAUCAGAAAUGGGUUCAGGUCCAUGAUAAACGUGCUAAAUGGAAGAAAUACAAGGGGGAUACAGGCCUGCUUGUCAAGAGGAAGGAAGGAUUUUUGGUUGGAUUGAUUCCUCGGAUUGGAAAAGAAUCCUGCCCACCACAGGCACUUGCACCGCAUGACGACAUGGUCAAAACUUUUGGUGUUUGCAAAGUCAAAGCUUUGGAGGUGCAGAAGCGGUAUAUUUUCAAAAAGUGCACCUACACGCAAGAGGGCAUCUUACUGGUACCAAUCGACGAAAUUGACCUCAUAAUCACCUCUGAAAUCCUCCCUUGUUACCAUGAAUUUCUGUUAUUUUGUGAUACUUUGUUGCUUGAAGAAGCGACGCGUUUAAAAACCCUCAGUCAGGUUUUGCAGAAACGUCUCCAGCUCCAAGAUCAAGUCAAAGUCAUCAGAGGUGAAUUCGCGGGUGUGUUGGGAGAGGUAGUGGAGGUUGGCAACGAAGAGGUCUUGCUGCGCCUUCCUUCUCAGAACAUUGUGGCGCCCUUCAGUAUCCUAGAGGUCUGCCCUCAUUUCAAGGUUGGAGAUCAUGUCGCUGUCACCCAUGGUGAACACAAGGGGUUCAAAGGUUGGGUGAUGUUUGUGUAUGCCGAUACACUUGUUGUGCAUAUCGCCCCAGAAAAGGAGGCAAGUUCCACUUCGUCUGCCAUUUCUAUUUCUAACGAAUUCUAG